AUGCAUGAUCUGCGACUUUCUGGGGAACCAACUUAUUUUUUUUUUUCUGUCGUCACCAUGAUAAAUAGCCAGACUCCUGGUGUUGCGCCCCUCAAUGAUGGCACUACAGAUUAUGUUCCUCUGCGAAAGCACUCCAUCGGAACAUCGCAUAUUUCUGACCAACCUAUGGCAUGGACAAACUGGCCCAAGGCCUAUUGGACACCCUUACAUCCUCUCACGGCUCUACUUGCAGUUGUCUAUCACUUCAAUGCCGGCCUUGGCAUAACAGCUGGCCACUCUUCCAUUACAGAUCUACCUUGCUGCGGUUGGGGCUGCAGCGGGACAGGGUUUGAUUCGCUGGUGGGCUCGCGGUCACUGAGCCCACCACCACUAUACAGACAUGGAGAAAGACCCAAUUUCAGUGCGCAAAGGGUUCUGAUAUUCACAUAUUGGCCAGCUAGUUAUCAAGCAGAACUACAAAAGGUUGAAAUGACAGAUGUCGCUGAUCCUGAUGCUAAUCCUGUGGUGGUUUGGCAGCACAAGAAUUUCAUCAAAUCUGCCCUCUUCAUGACGUUGAUUUUCCCUACCUUGGCUUGCGGCCUGGGAUGGGGCGAUUUGCGUGGGGGUCUUAUAUACAGUGGUAUUCUGCGCGUUUUCUUCAUUCAACAGGCCACCUUCUACUGGGGGCAAUAUGAUCCGACCAAGUGGGCAAUUUGGAUCUGGAAGAAGCUCGGAGUUGCUUAUGAUUUGAAGCAGUUCCGCAAAAAUGAGAUUUCAAAGGGCCGUCUGCAGCAGUUGCAGAAGAAGAUUGGGGGAUCCCGCUGGAGCAGCCCUGUCCUGGACUGGGACGGGUUUGUCACCGAGUCUGCUAGCAGGGCCCUAGUCGCCAUUGGAGGCGUCAUCCCUGAUGUUUUCAACUUCAUCCAGGAGGACCCGGGUGGUAAGGCAUUCAUUUCAUCGGUAAUUGGCAAAGAUGGCACCGGCAUGUUUAAUGGGGCCAUCUAUCAGCAUUCUAACGCUGCCCAUAAUCUUCUGUUGAUGAGGCGUGUAGGUGUUCUCCGAGGUGGCUGCGAAGUAGAGAUUUGGAAGUACGCUAUGGCGGAGGCUAAGCACCGACAAGUCAUGCCAGAGACUCGAUAA